UAUAAAAACACAAAAAUAAAAUAUAAAUAGAAAGAAAAAAGUCAUAACAAAAUCUAUAGAAUAUAUUUUUGUCUUGAUUUUUCCGCUCUUGUGACUAAAUCAAAAAUCAAUAUUUAAAAAAUCUAACCAGAAACGUAAAUCGAAUAAAUAGCACCAAUACGCCACCCCCACCAGAACUGAAUCAUCAAUAAGCAAAUAGAUACAAAGUAAAAAUUCCUACAAAUAUAAAUAACCUUCGGAGCCCACAACAGAACCGUGCCUUCAAUUAAAUAACGUAACGUAAUUAAACACGUUCAUAAGUUUUCGACAAUUUAACGCACACAAACACACAUCGUUUUACACCAAGAGAAAUGACAAUGGUUGAGGGUAUGACUUCCAUAGAUUUGGGCUCAAGUCCCAUGCAAGAAACCACCGACGACAUUGCUAAUGCCAUGCAAACUGAACCUGUGGAAACAGCAGAAGAAAGAUAUGAACGUUUACUCCAUCGUGCACAAAUUGAAGAUCUAAAUGAGGUCUCUGGCAUUGGAUGUCUCUACCAAAGCGGUGUUGAUCGUUUGGGGCGUCCUGUUAUUGUUUUCUGUGGUAAAUGGUUUCCAGCACACAAUAUAAAUUUAGAAAAGGCGUUAUUAUAUCUUAUAAAACUUUUGGAUCCCAUCGUUAAAGGAGACUACGUAAUUGCUUACUUCCACACAUUAACAUCCACAAAUAAUUAUCCAUCACUGCAUUGGUUGCGGGAAGUGUAUGGUGUGUUGCCUUACAAAUAUAAGAAAAACCUAAAAGCCUUCUAUAUUGUGCACCCAACAUUUUGGACAAAAAUGAUGACUUGGUGGUUUACAACAUUUAUGGCACCAGCCAUCAAAGCGAAAGUUCACUCUCUUCCUGGUGUGGAACAUUUGUAUUCAGCUAUUACUAAGGAUCAGUUAGAAAUUCCCGCUUAUAUUACCGAGUAUGAUAUGGCGACAAAUGGUCUUCAUUACUUUGUGCCCACGCCUACGGCCUCAUAGAUGUUACCUGUUUUUGUGUAAAUGAUUUAGAGAAAUGUACUUAGUAGUGUAAUGAACUAUAAUUACUAAAAAAUUUUCGGAGUCGUCAAUAUUUAUAUAUACAUUUUUAGAAAAAUAAAACAAAUACUGAAUCAUUUACCUGCUAGACAUAAUAAUAAUAAUAUUUUUAAAUAAUAAAUCGCUGAGUUAGAUAUAAAGAAGUGCGUUUAAAAGCAAAAUAUUGCAUUGUUACGGCCCAAUGGAAGAUUCAAAAAAUAAGUUAUUUACCUUAAAAUGGUUAUAUACAAUAUUUUAACACCAGAUAUAUAUAUAUAUAGUUAUUUAGGCAAAACAAUAGAAUAGUUAAUAAAUUUGUAAUCUUUAAAAAAAAAGCUUAUAGGAAAUACAUAAGAACAAAGCUUAAUUCCAACAUUCUUAUGAUGAGAAUAGUUAAUUAGAUACAAAUUCGUUUUAGAUACAAUUUGAAAUUGUUUUUAUUUUAUGCACCACUUUGUAAAAAUUUUAAAUAAAUUCGAUUUAUGAUAUAAAAAAAUAUAUACCGAUGUAUUGUUAAUUAUGAGAAUGUUAUAUUGUAAAACUAUUUACGGUGAACAAUAUAAAAAAUGUUAAAAAUUAUUAAAAGUCAAUAUAAAAUAAAAUAAAAUAAAAUAAAAUAAAAUAAAAUAAAAUAAAAAAAAAUUUCAGUAUUACUUUCAUAUAAUGUCGAAGAAAGUAAUUUACAAAAAUUUAUUAAAACAAAAUACACACACUAACGUCUUACAUACACUUACAUACGAACAGUAUAGAUACUGUUUAUAUACAAU